AUGGGUCAACUGCCAGCAACGAGAAUCUCUCCAGCAAGAGCAUUUCUCCACACAGGGGUGAAAUAUGCAGGACCAUUCACCAUCCUCAAAUGGAGACCAACGAAUGCACAACCAGGGUCAGUGCACAUUGCAGUUUUUGUGUGCUUCACCACAUCAGCAGUUCACCUAGAGCUAGUCACUAGACAGACAACUGACGCCUUCAUCGGAGCCUACAAGAGAUUCACCGGAAGACGUGGUAUUCCAGCAGUCAUGUACAGUGACAAUACCACUACCUUCGUGGGCGCAGCAGAGGUCUUAGACAAGAUCUAUCACCGAGCAUCUGGAGAAAAUCAGCAGGUUCAGUCUCCUCUCGCCACCAAUGCGGCUCAAUGGAGCUUUUCACCACCACGAGUACCCCAUUUUGGUAGCAAGUGGGAAGCAGCCGUGGGAUCAACAAAGUAUCACCUUAGAAGAGUCUUGGGGACAACAACACUCACAUUUGAGGAACUCAACAGUGUCGUGAUCCAGAUAGAGGCCUGCCUAAAUUCCAGGCCAAUCUGUCCCAUGUCAGAUAACCCAGACGAUCUCCAAGUACUCACCCCAGGACACUUCCUAAUAGGUGAGCCUCUUCAACUCAUUCCAGAGCCAUGA